AUUGGUCCUAAAAUGUAGUGUUAACAACACUGUUGCCCGUUAAACGCCAAUUUAUAAAGCAAAAGUCGUAGAAAAAGUUGUGAAGCUAAACGGAAUAAAAGAGAAAACAAGAAAAGUUAAAGCACCAACACACCCAACUAAUUAAAACCACAGCAACACAAAAUACACAUAGUAUACAACAAAGUUUUGAUAAGCAAUCUAUAAAAACAUAAAGUGCAUAUCCGUGAAUCUGUUUCUUUAAUGGCUUCGAGUGACUAGAUGUUUAAAGGCCGAACAAUACUCAUAGUGAACUUCAACAAAGGUUAUCGUAAACACUUCAUAUCUUGAAUAACUCGAUCCUAAAAAAAAAGUGUAUUUGCAAAAUUCACUAUAUAUUUCCCUGCAAUAUAGUAUGACGUCAUGGAUUAAAGAAAUGCUUUAUUUCAAUAUAUAAUAACUGGCAAAAUUAGCUUCGAUCAUUCAUCAUAUUCUAAUAUACAAUACUUGCAAUGUAUAUGAGUAUCUGACACAGUUGAAAACUUAUCUAACGCUUAUCACCCAAACCUAACAAGUGUACUUUGCUUUCAAUGAUGAUUCCAAAAUAGGUACAGAUACAAGAGCACUAUUUCAACUUUUAUAAAAAUACAUACAGCAUAAAUAAUAAAUCUGUGACACAAAAGCCUUGGGCAAUGGAUAUCACGUUAGGAAAUGUCCAUACAACCUCUCGCCUGCCUGGACCAGCAAUAAAUCCGGUGGUGGAAAACUCCGAAGAGCCUCAGCCGAGCUUGUCAGACUUGCAUGAUUUUGAACCUAAAUUGGAGUUUGACGAUACAGAAUUACUAUCGCCACCACCGUUGCAAAAAGAUGUUAUGGUUGACGAUUUCGUAUUAGCGGAAGACGAAGACAUCGAGCCUGCAGAGAUAGUGAAUCCGCUAGAAGACGAUUUCGAUCAGUUAAGGGAGGAACAGUCGGAAGCUAUUGUUAGCGUUAAAAACAGAUGCGAUUUUCUUGGCACUGACAAGCAGGGUAGGCAUAUAUUUGCAAUUUAUGCAUCACGGUUUCCUGAGAAAUCUCAAAUGGAAAAAUUUAUCUGUGAUGUUAUAAAAGAAAUUGAACCAUUUGUAGAGAAUGAUUAUAUUCUCGUAUAUUUUCAUCAAGGUCUAAGGGAACAUAGCAAACCAUCGGCUCAAUUGCUUUGGAAUUCUUAUAAAGAAUUAGACCGCAAUUUUCGAAAAAAUCUCAAAAAUCUAUAUGUAGUCCAUCCUACAUUAUUUAUUCGUUUUAUUUGGAAAUUUUUUAGCCCAUUUAUUAGCGGCAAGUUUCGACAAAAACUCGUAUAUAUUUCCAGUUUAGAUGAAUUACGCCAAGCAUUGGGUCUAUCAAAAAUAAAGGUACCCGAUAGCGUAUGCGAUUUCGACGAGCAAUUAUUUCGCAGUAAAGGCACCUCGUCUAGCUUUGUAUACGGAUACGGUGGAGGGAACAACAACAUAGCAAAACAAAUGGCCAACACAGUGCAGUUUGGCGCACCUCUCAAAUUCAUCGUAUCCAAUAGCCCAUGUCUCAACUCCAUACCACCAAUAGUACGAAAAUGCGUCGAUUCUCUGUCCAUCACAGGCAUGAUCGACACAGAGGGUAUAUUUCGCCGUUCAGGAAAUCAUUCCGAGAUAAUUGCAUUAAAAGAGCGAGUUAAUAGGGGAGAAGAUGUGGACUUGUCAAAUGUUAAUGUUCACGUCAUUGCUGGCUUGCUGAAAAGCUUCUUGCGGGAUCUAAGUGAGCCACUACUUACAUUCGAGUUGUACGAUGACAUCACUAGUUUUCUGGAUUGGCAAAAGGAGGAACGCUCUCGUAAUGUGACGCAGCUUAUUAGGGAAAAACUACCUGAAGAAAACUAUGAGCUUUUUAAAUACUUAGUCGAAUUUCUAGUCCGCGUGAUGGAAUGUGAGGAUCUAAACAAAAUGACGUCGUCAAAUUUAGCUAUUGUAUUCGGUCCGAACUUUUUAUGGUCGAACAGGAACAACACCACCUUGGAGGAUAUCCGACCGAUAAAUGCAUUUAUUGAUUUUGUAUUGCAAAAUCACAAGGACAUUUAUCUGAUCGAUGUCAAUCAACGUCAUACACCCAUCGGCUGAACCAGGAAGUGAAUGAGUGCUGCACAACGCGCAAAUGUUAAUGGAGCUGUGUAUUUUCGUAUAUGUUUAACGAAUAGCACCCGACUUUAAGUUUGUCGGUGCACAGAUUUGUAUUAUAUACUAAUUGAAAUAAGAUUUCAUCAUAUAUAGUUUUAAGCUUAAACAUUUAAGAGAAUUUUAAGAAAUCCCCAUUUAAUCACUAAAAAGAGUUUAAGUAAUGAGUGAGUGCACUUUUAAAUACCAUAUUCACAGGAUGUACAAGAAACUGCAGCAAAAUGCCAAAAUAAAAAGAAAAGUGUAGAGUGAAGGUAUGAGCAACAAUUUUUAUGUCGAAAGUUAAGUGUAUUUUUCUUUAAAUACAAAUCACAUUAAAUUCUAGUAAACUUGUUUUUUUUUUUUUGAAAGGUUGUUGGCUUAGGGAUUGCUGAUGUGUGUACCAUUUUAAAAAUAUAUAUAGUUUUUGUAAGCUUAUUUCUAUUCAAAUAUAAUUACUAUUUUAAAUUCGUAUAACCAAAGAAAAUGUAUGUAAAAAUUUUAAUUUCUUUUUGUUUAAAUAGUACUUUUAAUCACAUAUACAACAUUCAUUCAUUGGAAAAUAAUAAACUGUUUUAAGUCGGA